GCCACAAGUUUGUGGCGUUAUAAAUAGUUCUGUUAUUCUCUGUGUUUAGUAAUAGGUUAAAAAGCGUUUAUAGUACAAUUGUUUACUCUUUCGUAUUGCAUAAAAAAAUGGCAGAAAAUCCUGCACGGGAAACGCCACCGAUUUACAAUGAGGAUAACAAGACUGCCGGACAACCGUUGUCAGACUUUCUUUUGCAAUUAGAGGAUUAUACACCCACGGUACCUGAUGCCAUCAGCGAACAUUACUUGCACACUGCUGGUUUCAACACCACUGACCCGAGGAUAGUACGUUUAGUAUCUCUAGCAGCACAAAAAUUUAUCUCAGAGAUUGCCAAUGAUGCUCUGCAGCACUGUAAAACACGUGGUGCUAAUCAGAAUACAAAAACGAAGGGAAAGGACCGGCGUUACACGUUGACUAUGGAAGAUCUGACACCAGCAGUUGCGGAAUAUGGCAUAAUAGUCAAGAAACCACAUUACUUUGUCUGAUCCAUUGAUAAGAAAUUAUCUGUACAAUUGGAUAUAUUCAUCACAUUGUAAUAUUUUUUUUAUUAGUGAUGUUAUAUAUUCAUUAUUUUAAUAUUUUUAAGGCUAGAAAAUAUAUUUAAUAGAAUAAAAAUGAUAU